AUGAAUGAGAUGCUAGCUAGAUUAGACCAUAACAACGUUUAACUUAUCAUGAAAAGAAUCAAUAUAUAGAGUAAUCGUUAGCAGAGGCUAACGUUUGUCGAGGCUAAAUGGAGGCUGUUGACGGGUUUGUUCAGGAGCUAGCUGCCUAAGGACUCUUACGGUGCCUUGAUACGAGAGUUUCAUCACAGAUAGCAUCUCCACUGUGAACUGACGCAAAUGUUACUAACAAGGAAAACGGCAACAGUGGAUGUUAUCACUGAUGGGUGUCUCUUUCUUGGGUUUAAAGAAGAGCAAGUAGAUACUCAAGAUAAAGAAGAGUAAAGGGACGGGCGGAAGAGGUGAAGGACUAGCAGGGGAAGCUGGGCAGGUGUUACUCCUCUUCCCCUGAGCCUCACUCCCAAAUUUUCCCCAAUCCUAAACUUUCCACCCUACAUAAUCCUAAAGCAUACUGGUUUGGCAGGAAGACUUUUUUUAGUCAUUGAUUAAGGGAAUUAAGUUUCCCAUCAAUUUGAUUGAAGACCACACAGUUCACUGCUGUUCAUUGCUGGAUAUCAGGUAUCCCACAUUCAGUUCACUGAGUGGUCUUACUCUGCAGACAGUUCGGCAACAUGGCCGACCCCAUCAUGGACCUUUUUGAUGACACCCCUCUGUUCAACCUGGACUCUCUGCCGGAGGAUGCUUUCUCUCACGGCUCCUCGGACCCAGUUGAGGAAGCACUGAAGCUGGCUCUGGGCCAGGUGGACCCUCCUUCAGACGCUGGCACUGUGGUCCUUAGUGACCCCAUGGCCCACGUGUCUUCAGUCCCCACAGUCAGUACAGUCACAGUCCCCCCUGCGGCCCCGGCGGUGGUCUCUACAGUGGCCCCCACUGUCCCGGUUCAAGUCCAGACACAGCAGCCCAUGCAGGUCUCCCUCACACAGGUCCCGGUGUCCAUCCAGGCCCCCGUUACCGUUCAGGCAAUGUCUCAGACGCCUCUCUCGGUGGCUAACAGCAGUGGGACCACAACGGUGCUGAUGAGCUCCCCGUUGUCCGUCUCAGGGGGACAGACCACCACCCUGCAGCUGCAGCCCCAGCAGCUCGCUGCGGUCACUCAGCAGCCAGGAGGCCAAGGGGCCCCCAAGAUCGUGAUCCUGAAGGGCCCCCAGGGCCAGAUGCUGCAGGGGGUAACCGGAGCCACCGGUUCACCCUCGGGUAAGGUUACCAUCGCGCGGGUGCUGACCGGUACCCAACUCAGGCCCGGCAUGUCUAUCGUGUCCGGGGGGACAGUGCUGAAUGCGGGUGCCCCCGGGCAGGGCCAGGUGAAGCUAGGCACUGGGGUCCAACGCCUGGUGCAGACGGCCAACGGGCCCAUGAAACAGGUGCUGCUCACCUCCGUCCCACAAUCACAGGUGCAGACACAGCCGAUGCAGGUGCAGAUCCAGUCGCAGGCGCAGCUGGGGCAGACGCAAGUGCAACAGGUGCAGCAGGUACAGCAGGUGCAGCUCCAGACGCAAGGGCAGACCCAACAGAUGCAGGUGCAGAUGCAGCCCCAGACGCAACAGGUGUCCCUGCAGGCGGCCAUGCAGACACAGACGGUGGUCACCACCACGGCAGGCACCACGAUGCGACCACAAGGAGUCACACUCACCACAGUGCCUCAGCAGGGGGGCGAGCCUAAGAGGAUCACGCUGGUGCUGCAGCAGCCCUCUCAAGCAGGCCAGGCCGGGGCGGUGGCCGUAAGCGGGGCAGCCACUGGCACCGGAGCGGCGGUGGCGACUGUGGCAGCUGGCACUGGCCAGCAGCAGCAGCAGCAGCAGCCCAGGCUGGUGCUAGGGUCCCUGCCGGGGAAGCUGGUACUGCAGGGCGGCCAGCUGGCAGCGCUCACCCAGGCCCGCGCCGGGCAACCUGGGGCGCAGCCAAAGGUGCUGACCAUCCAGCUGCAGGUCCAGCAGCAGCCUAACCAGCAGGGGGCCAAGUUUCAACUAGUCUCCGGUGCAGGUGGCACCCCCCAGGUUGUCCAGAUCACACAAGGACAGGGGGGGCAGAGACUGGCAGUGCCCCUCAAACUGCUGCUACAGCCACAGACGAGUGGUGCGUCGUCGGGCGCUGGCACCCUCUCCGUGGUGAAGGUGAUCAACACUUCGGCCGCCGGCUCGUCCACCACCACCACAGUGGCCUCCCCUGGCGGCGUGCGCCUCGCCAAGGCCCAAGAGCCUGUGCGGCGCGUAGAGACGCUCUGCAAGCAGGAAAAGGCCAACCGCAUUGUGGCCGAGGCAAUCGCCCGCGCCAAGGCCCGUGGCGAGCGCAACAUCCCGCGCGUGCUCAACCAGGACGAGCUGCCCUCGGGACAAACGGCGGCAGACGCGGAGGGCCUCAGCCCGGCCACUGCAGGGGCCAAGAAGAAGGGAGGUGGUGGCGGAGGCGGGGGUAAGAAGAAGAGCCCGGUGGCCGCUGUGGCCGGAGGGAAAGGAGGAGGAGGAGGAGGAGGAGGAGGAGGAGGAGGAGGAGGAGAUAAGAAAGGAAAGGCCAAGGUGGGAGGAACCGUAGGAGUUGCCGGGGUGACGAGCGGAGGAAGCAAAAGCAAAGGCAAAUCAAAACUGAACACCAUUACUCCAGUGAGCGGAAAGAAGAGGAAGAGGAAUGGCUCCUCAGACCACUCUGAGGGGGAGGCCAGUCCCCCCGCCUCACCACGAACACUGGAAGAGGACAUGCUGCAGACGCGUCGCUCUAACCGUCAGAUCAAGAGGAAGAAGUACACAGAGGACCUGGACAUUAAGAUCACAGACGACGAGGAUGACGGGGACGGGGACGUGGACGUGACCACGCCGGCCGCGGUGCCUGUGGCCGCCCCGAGCCAGUCCAUGGGCCAGCAGCUCCAGCAGGAGCUGGGGGUUGAUGCCGACGGCGUCAACAUGCAGUUCUUUGUGGAAAAUCCCAGUGAGGAAGAUGCUGCCAUUGUGGAUAAGGUGUUAUCUAUGAGAAUAACUAAGAAAGAGGUCACUACAGGCCAGUUGGUCAAUGUGGAGGAGUUCUUUGUCAAGUACAAAAACUACUCCUAUUUGCACUGUGAGUGGGCCACACUUGAACAGCUGGAGAGAGACAAGAGAAUCCACCAGAAGCUGAAGAGAUUCAAGAUCAAACACGCUCAAAUGAGGAAUCUCUUCCAAGAGGAGGAGGAGCCCUUUAACCCAGACUACGUGGAGGUGGACCGCAUUCUGGACGAGUCCCACAGCGUGGACAAGGACAACGGAGAGCCGGUGGUGUACUACCUGGUGAAGUGGUGCUCUCUGCCCUACGAGGAUGCCACCUGGGAGCUGAAGGAGGAUGUGGACGAGACGAAGGUGGAGGAGUAUAGGGUGAUCCAGGACCGCCAGGCUUGUGUCAAGAGAACCCCCCGCCCCCCUGCGGCCUCCUGGAAGAAGCUGGAGGAGUCCAGAGAGUACCGCAACGGCAAUACCCUGAGAGAGUACCAGCUGGAGGGGGUCAACUGGCUGCUCUUCAACUGGUACAACAGGCAGAACUGUAUCCUGGCCGACGAGAUGGGUUUGGGGAAGACCAUCCAAUCCAUUGCGCUGCUAUCGGAGGUGUACGGGGCCAACGUGCAUGGGCCUUUCCUGGUCAUCGCACCGCUCUCCACCAUCACCAACUGGGAGCGCGAGUUCACCACCUGGACCGACCUCAACGCCAUUGUCUACCACGGCAGCCUGGCCAGCCGUCAGAUGAUCCAGCAGUAUGAGAUGUACUGCAAGGAUGACAAGGGCCACUUGAUCCCAGGUGCGUAUAAAUUUGACGCACUGAUCACCACCUUUGAGAUGGUGCUGUCGGACUGCCCCGAACUGAGGGAGAUCUCCUGGCGGUGUGUGGUCAUCGAUGAGGCCCACCGCCUCAAGAAUAGGAACUGCAAGCUGCUCGACAGCCUCAAGAUGCUCGACCUGGAGCAUAAGGUGCUGCUGACGGGGACUCCCUUGCAGAACACAGUGGAGGAGCUCUUCAGCCUGCUGCACUUCCUGGAACCCGCCCAGUUCCCCUCGGAGACGGAGUUUCUGCGCGAUUUUGGCGACCUCAAGACAGAGGAACAGGUGCAGAAGCUGCAGGCCAUCCUGAAGCCCAUGAUGCUGCGGCGUCUGAAGGAGGACGUGGAGAAGAACCUUGCGCCCAAACAGGAAACCAUCAUCGAGGUGGAGCUGACGGAUGUGCAGAAGAAAUACUACCGUGCCAUCUUGGAGAGGAACUUCAGCUUCCUCAGCAUGGGUGCCUCUAACAAUAGCAAUGUGCCCAAUCUGCUCAACACUAUGAUGGAGCUGCGCAAGUGCUGCAACCACCCUUACCUUAUCACAGGCGCUGAGGAGAAGAUCGUGGCAGAACUGAGGGAGGUGUACGACCCCAUGGCCCCCGAUUUCCACCUGCAGGCGCUGGUGCGCUCUGCCGGCAAGCUGGUGCUACUGGACAAGCUGCUGCCGCGGCUCAAGGCGGGCGGACACAAGGUGCUCAUUUUCUCCCAGAUGGUGCGCUGCCUGGACAUUCUGGAGGACUACCUCAUCAACAAGCGCUACCUGUACGAGCGUAUUGACGGCCGGGUGCGUGGGAAUCUGCGCCAGGCGGCUAUCGACCGCUUCAGCAAGCCGGACUCGGACCGCUUUGUGUUCCUGCUGUGCACCCGGGCAGGAGGGCUUGGCAUCAACCUCACUGCAGCAGACACCUGUGUCAUCUUUGACUCCGACUGGAACCCCCAGAAUGACUUACAGGCUCAGGCUCGCUGUCACCGUAUUGGCCAGUCCAAGGCGGUGAAGGUGUACCGGCUCAUCACCAGAAACUCUUACGAGCGGGAGAUGCUGGACAAGGCCAGCCUCAAACUGGGCCUGGACCGGGCUGUGCUACAGAGCAUGAGUGGCAACAAGGAGAGCAACGUCAAUGGACAGAUUCAGCAGUUCUCCAAAAAGGAGAUCGAGGAUCUUCUGAGAAAAGGCGCGUACGCCGCCAUCAUGGACGAGAACGAUGAGGGCAGCCGUUUCUGCGAGGAGGACAUCGACCAGAUCCUGCAGCGGCGUGCCACCACCAUCACCAUCGAGAGCGAGGGCAAGGGCUCCACCUUCUCCAAGGCCAGCUUUGUGGCCUCUGAGAACCGCACGGACAUCGCCCUGGACGACCCCGAGUUUUGGCAGAAGUGGGCCAAGAAAGCAGACGUGGACUUUGACACCAUUAACAGAAAGAACACUCUGGUGAUUGACACGCCCCGUGUGAGGAAGCAGACUCGGCAGUUCUCCACUCUGAAGGGAGAGAGUGGGAACGACCUCACCGACGUUGACAGUGACGAGGAGUACACCCACAAUUCCCGGCAGGCGCGCUACUCCCGACGCUCCGACCGCCACUCCGGAAACGGCUACGGACGCACAGACUGCUUCCGGGUUGAGAAGCACCUGCUGGUGUAUGGGUGGGGGCGCUGGCGAGACAUCCUGUCCCACGCACGGUGCAAGCGUCGGCUGGGCGAGCGGGACGUGGAGACCAUCUGCAGAGUCAUCCUGGUCUUCUGCCUGCUACAUUACCGUGGCGACGAGAACAUCAAGAGCUUCAUCUGGGAGCUGAUCACGCCUCCUGAGAACGGCCGAGCUCCACAUGCACUCCUUAACCACUCUGGCCUGUCCAUCCCUGUGCCUCGUGGCCGUAAGGGGAAGAGGGUGAAGGCCCAGAGCUCUUUCGACGUGCAGAAGGUGGAGUGGAUCCGCAAGUACAACCCAGACACGCUGCUGCUCGACGACAGCUACCGCAAGCAUCUCAAGCACCAGUGUAACAAGGUGUUGCUGCGGGUGCGCAUGCUGUACUACCUGAGGCAGGAGGUCAUAGGAGACAACGCUGACUCCGUCCUGAAAGGAGCAGAUGCCAGGGACAUCGACAUCUGGAUUCCGGAGAUGGAACAGCAGGAGUAUCCAUCUGGCUGGUGGGACUCUGAUGCCGACCGCUCCCUUCUCAUUGGAGUGUUUAAACACGGUUACGAGAUGUACACUACCAUGCGUGCCGACCCAUGCUUGUGCUUCCUGGAGCGCUGCGGUCGCCCUGACGAUCAGGCCAUCGACGCCGAACAGCACUCGGCUGAUCCAGAACUGGGAGAAGGGGGGGACUAUGACAAAUACUCAGAAGACCCAGAGUUCAAACCCCAGAUGAGACACAACAAAGACUCGUAUGACGAGGGUGAUUCCAUGAACACUGAUGAGAUCUGUGUGGAAGACCGCUCUGCCCCCGUGGCAUCCGAGGGGCCAUCCUCUAGCCAGACGGGCAGCUGCUAUUGGCCAACCAGCUCGUCACUCACUGCCCGCUUAAGGCGCCUGAUCACGGCCUACCAGCGUAGCUACCGGCGCGAGCAGCUCAAGAUGGAGGCCGCGGAGAAAGGAGACAAGAGGCGACGGAGGUGUGAGCAGGCCACCAAACUCAAGGAGAUCGCCCGCCAAGAACGCCAACAGAGGUGGACCCGACGUGAAGAGUGCGACUUCUACCGGGUGGUGUCUACGUUCGGCGUGGAGCGGAUGAAGAAGGAGCCCGGUUUACCGGAGGGGGAGGAAUCCGAGAUGGACUGGAGCCGCUUCCGCACGUUUGCCCGACUGGACAAGAAGACGGACGAGAGCCUGACGCGAUACUUCCGCUGCUUCACGGCCAUGUGCCGUCGCGUGUGUCACCUGCGUCCCACUCGUGGAGAAGACCCAUCUGAGAUGUCCCAGUCUCUGGCUCCCAUCACGGAGGAGCGCGCCUCUCGCACCCUCUACCGCAUCAGCCUGCUGCGGCGGUUGCGGGAGCGUGUGCUGCCCCACGCCUCCCUGGAGGAGCGCCUGCAGCUGGCCAUGCCGGGCCCUGAGCUGCCCGUGUGGUGGAGCGUGCCGCGGCACGACCACGAGCUCAUGCUGGGCGCUGCCCGCCACGGCGUCAGCCGCACCGAGCACUCCAUCUUCCACGACCCGGACUUCUCCUUCCAGCAGGCCCGGCUUGACUACCUCCACAACCAGCAGGCCUCUACUGCUGCCGCCGCCACCACCUCCACUACGCUCAGCGGGCAGGUUUCGGUCAAAGAGGAAGGGGCCGCGGAGGAAGAGUCGCGCCUGCUAGGCUCUGACGCCCUGUGCCAGUCCGACUCCCCCGCGAUGCCCCUGGCAGAGCACCCAGAGGGCAAAGGGCGCGGGCAGGCCGGCUGGGGCUGGAAGAAGAGCCGGGGCAGAGGGUCCCGACGGGGCGGCAGGAAGGAGGGUGGCAGGAGCGAGGUGGGUGAGGGAGGAGGUGCGUCCGACUCCGAGUCGGAUUCCGACUCGGACUCGUCCACUUCGUCCCGGCGUUCCGGCAGCUCAGAUGAGAGCGGUGACAGCGAUGCAGAGAGAGAGAGAGCUAUGAAAGUGUGUGAUGGGGACGAGGAGAACAGCAUGCUUUCCCUCACCCUAUCACAAGAGGGUGCUCCCCCUGAGACUGUCAACGACCCGCUACGGGUGGACUGGCCUAAGGACCGCGUGCUAAUAAACCGGCUGGACAGUCUUUGCUCACUGGUGCUGACGGGACACUGGCCAUCAGGGCGGCGCUAUGCGUCAGAUGCCCAGAUGAACCCCCCCUCAGACGAGCAGAGUGACGAGGUGGGGUACCCACGCGUGGCCCGUAGGGGUACCAGUGCGCCCGGAGCCGAGGGUCCUGAAGGACAAGAAUCCGAAUUCACUGUCAAGCUACUUAAGGAGGAAGGACUGAAGUUGACCUUCUCCAAGCAGGCUCUCCUGCCCAACGGUGAGGGAGGUGGUCGGCGGAAGCGUAAAGAUCAUGAGCUGCUAGACCCAGAGGGGGCAUCUGUGGAUAUGAUGAGCCUAGGGGAGCGAGCCCCGCGCAGAAGGGACCUGCCCAACUGGCUGAAGGAGAACCCAGACUAUGAGGUGGAAGGAGACAUGCUGGAGGUGAGCAUCCCAGUGACCGCUGAGCCCCCAAGGCUGCCAGAGCUCUUGGUGAACAGGACCAAACGGAAGAGGAGGAGGAGGAAGGCGGAGAAAGCAGCUGCACUUACUGGAGAUGAGAGGGUGAAGGUCAUCAACAUGAGGACAGGAAAGAAGUAUACUGGAAUGUAUGGCCCUGCUCUUCAAGACCUAAAGGAACACCUGGAAGAAAAUCCGGACCACGCUGUAGCACCAGAAUGGUCGGAAACCGUUCGCAACUCUGGCUUCCUGCCAGAAAGUCUAUUCCACCGACUGCUUUCGCAGCACUCUGUGAUCCCCAAGAAGGGUCAGGCCUACCUCGUGCCCACCCAGCCUGACGAUCCUCUUCUCGGGGGAGGCGAGGGCGAGACCCUGGUCUCGGAUGGAGCGUACAUGAUGGAGGAGGAGGACCUGGAGGAGGGCGGCGAGAUUGCUUCCUCCCACCACUUCCUCACACCUACCUUUGAUGUCAAGAUGGAGGCCAGCAGCCUGGAGAUGGAUGGUGGUGACAGCUUGUCGCAAGAGGGAUAUGAGAGUUCCGACCGGGAGGCCAUUUUGGAUGAUGUCAUCAUGGCAUCCAAACAUUCAGACAGUUCCUCCAGCUCAGAGGAUUGACCAAGUUUAUCUAAUUUGAAAAGGGUUCCCCUCCCCUAAAAUCAUGACAUUCUUUCCUUUAUAUCAUAUUCCUCCGCCUCUAUUAUAUUAUUUUUAUUAUUGUUAUUACUUUAAACAUGUUGAAUUAUGAAUUCAUUUUUGCGUUUUUUUUUUUCCUUGACUGUUUCUACUCCAUACUUUUAUUUAGUCGGGGGAAAAGGGCAUCAAAUUGUCAGGCAUUAUUCAUGUUCUCACUUUAUACACCUGUCCAAUCUCUCCCUGAAGCAGACAGGUAGCGUACUAGGCCCCACAGCACAUGCACACACCCUCUUUCCUCUCGUACCCCACAACUUCAAGCCCAUUCCCUGCCCUUUCUGGGGCUGUUGAGCUCUCAUGCUGCCUGGGAUUCACAGUACAGGCCAUCCUGGUGCCUAGUGUCCCCAGCCAAGAAGAGGAGGGAGUAUGUUCAUUGGAUGUAUGAUAUUGAGGAGGGGUAGGUAGGAUCUAGUUACUGAACCAGAUGUAGAAAGACAAGUGUAUUGUACAAUGUAGAGUUGUUCAGUUGCCUGCGAUGAUGCAAUUAUGAUGCUGAAUUUAUUCCUGUUUUAUGAACCGACUUCAACUGUCUGUGAUAUCGAUAUGAAUUACAAGCUACAGUGGGAAAAAAAUGGUCCUUUCUCUUUUUUUGCAUGCAAUUGGUUUGAGGUUCUUUACCAAAAAAUGGUUCUCUUAAAUACCCCAAUUUGCCUCAUUUUGAUGUAACCUCCUGAAGUGAAGAGUUGGUUUACAUGUCCUUGCUUAUAUAUAAACCAACAUGCUGUCUUUUAUAUGUAUGCAGUAAGGCCAUGUCAUACUUUCGUAUAUGUCAAAUAGUUUUCAUUUAUUUUUAUUCUGGCGCUCUCAAUAGGGACCAUGUGUUGCUGCAACAGACCAAGACCAGUCCCUAUUAACCCCAUUCAUAAUGUCCUCCAUGGACCUUCAUGACAGCCGAUCCAAACACACCUUCAUUACGUCUAGGUCUGUACAGUAUACAGACGUCAUUCCAUUUGUGUUCAUAAGCAUAAUUAACUAUAUCGUGCAUAUUGGAUCUCUUCUCGAGAUGAAAGACAAGCCUACUAUAAUGGCACAGAACAGCUUUAAACUGGUAGAUUAUGUCAUUUCCUGAAGUAUGUGCAACCCGGAAGCGAGCACAACAGUAUCGAAGUUGCAAAGCAAACUGGCCGUCAGGUCUGUGGAAGAUGGAGUUCCCAGGUGGCAGUGACAACUACAUGACCAUCACUGGGACGAACCAUCCAUUUCUGUCUUCUACGACCUUUCACACUCCCAGCCUGGGUGAUGAAGAAUUUGAAAUACCACCGAUCUCCCUGGACCC